UUCCCGGUUUGGAUUUUUGAUUAGUUUGUCUGUGUUAUAUUUUGACCAAAUGUGAGGCUAAGAAGGAUGGCGAUCGCUCGUCCACCUGGUGUGGAGUUCGAUCAUAACUGGCCAGAGAGCGUGGAGUGCCUGACACUGGAUUUUGGUCCGUUUGAAACCGUUCAUCGGUGGAAGCGUAUGCCGGAGUGCGACGAGUUCGUGGGCGCAAGGAGAAGUAAACACACUGUUGUGGCCUACAAAGAAGCACUCUAUGUGUUUGGUGGGGACAAUGGGAAAACUAUGCUGAAUGAUUUAUUGAGGUUUGAUGUGAAAGACAAAUCAUGGGGCAGAGCAUUCACGACAGGGACUCCUCCGGCUCCCAGGUAUCACCACUCAGCUGUUGUCCAUGAAGGCAGCAUGUACGUGUUCGGUGGCUACACAGGCGACAUUCAUUCCAACUCCAACCUGACCAACAAAAAUGACCUGUUUGAGUACAGAUUUGCUACAGGCCAGUGGAUAGAAUGGAAGUUUGAAGGGCGGAUGCCCGUAGCUCGAGCUGCCCAUGGAGCAGCUGUGUAUGAUGGGAAGGUUUGGAUAUUUGCAGGGUAUGAUGGGAAUGCUCGUCUUAACGACAUGUGGACCAUGUCUCUAUUGGGAGAAAGCAAACAGUGGGAAGAGGUGAACCAGAUAGGUGACAUCCCUCCGACCUGUUGUAACUUUGCUCUUGACGUUGCUAGAGACUCCAUGUUUGUCUUCUCUGGCCAGAGUGGAGCCAAAAUCACAAACAACCUGUUCCAGUUUAACUUCAGCCUCAAACAAUGGAGCCGAAUCUCCACAGAGCACAUUUUACGGGGAGCCCCACCCCCUCCCGAGAAGCGGUACGGACACACGAUGGUAGCAUUUGACAGACACUUGUAUGUUUUCGGUGGGGCUACAGGACAGACACUUCCAAACGAGCUCCACUGUUUUGACCUUGAUGCUCAGACCUGGUCCAUUGUGGAUCCCUCGGAAGACAGCCAGGUACCUACUGGAAGACUGUUCCACGCAGCGGCCGUGGUUGGGGACGCUAUGUACAUAUUUGGGGGCACAGUUGACAACAACGUGAGGAGUGGAGAAAUCUACCGCUUCCAGUUUUCCAGCUAUCCAAAGUGUACACUUCAUGAUGACUAUGGUCGUCUACUGGACAGCAGACAAUUUUGUGAUGUUCAGUUUGUUUUGGGAAAGGUACCUCAGUCUGUUAUUUUAAUUUUUUCUUUGAUUUGGAUCAGAUCACCAUGGUUACGGGAUAAAAUCCGUCAAGCAAAGUUUCAGAAACAGUGUACGGCGGGAGGUGAUCAACCACAAGUGUCAGAUCCCCGAGCAUUUGAGAUGGUUUUGUCUUACAUCUAUACAGAUAGGAUCCAUCCAACCAAGAAAGGUCAGAGCCGAGCAGUAAUGAGGUGAUCUUUGUUGAUGAUGGACGUCUACAGGCUGGCGCUGCAGUUCCACAUGUCGCGCCUGGAGCAAUUGUGUGUGCAGUUCCUGGAGGCGUGUAUUGGCCACAAGAAUGUCCUGGCAGCUCUACAGAACGCCUCGCAUCUCAAACUGGACUUCCUAAAGGAAUUUUGUCUGCGCUUCAUCGUCAAGGAGACCAACUAUAACCAGAUUGUGAUGAGUAAAGAGUUUGAGAGCCUGGAACCUCCGCUGAUGGUUGAGAUUGUGCGCCGCCGACAGAUGCCUCAUGUCCGAAUGCUACCAGAACCAUAUUGCGACUCCUUCCAAGCCAACUCUCUGGAGAAGGACCUUGAGGCGUUUCUUAAGUCAGGUGGGGUGGAGUUUUGUGACAUCACCCUGAUGUUAGAUGGAGUGGCUAUCCCCGCCCACAAGGCAAUCCUGGCUGCACGCUGCAGUUACUUUGAAGCCAUGUUCCGUUCCUUCAUGCCAGAAGACAAUACUGUACAGAUAGCCAUUGGAGAGAUGGUCCCUUCCCGGCAGGCCUUUGACAGCUUACUGCGCUAUAUUUAUUAUGGGGAGGUAAUUAUGCCCCCUGAAGACUCCCUCUAUCUUUUCCCCGCACCUUAUUUCUAUGGCUUCACAAACAACAGGUUACAGGCUUUCUGCAAACACAAUCUUGAGAUGAAUGUGUCUUUCCAAAAUGUUGUCCCGAUAUUGGAGGCUGCAGAUAAGAUCCAGGCUUUUGACAUGAAGAAACAUGCUUUAAAUAUUAUCGUGCAUCAUUUCCCAAAAGUGGCUCGAUUACCCCAGAUACGAAGACUGAGCCGUGAUUUGCUGCUUGACAUCAUCAGUGCAUUGGCUGAUGACAUGGGUGAAUCUCGACUCUGUCAGGAUGUGUCGAAUAUCAGCCUGUGUGAAUCAAGUGCUCUGUGACUAGCACAGCAGUGGAUCAUGUCUUGUGCUGUGUUGACAUGUAAAGAGUGGAUCAAAUCUGGGUCUAGUGCCCUGUGACAUGUAAGGAGUGGAUCAAAUCUGGGUCUAGUGCCCUGUGACAUGUAAAGAAUGGAUCAAAUCUGGGUCUAGUGCCCUGUGACAUGUAAAGAAUGGAUCAAAUCUGGUUCUAGUGCCCUGUGACAUGUAAAGAAUGGAUCAAAUCUGGAUCCAGUGCCCUGUGACAUGUAAGGAGUGCAUCAAACAUAGUGCUUUUUCAGAUGUCAGUCAGAUCUAGUGCUUGUUUUACAGAUAUUUUACCAUUGUAUCAGUUUUGGUGCUUUUAAAAUGUCUUUAUUCUAGAUUAGGAUAAACAGCUUUUGGGCUUGAUGAUUGUACCAGAACAUUGAAAACGAGAACUAAAACAGAAAUGAACAAUGGACAACACUAUAGAGCAUUGAAAUCCAAAAUUAUCAUAAGAAGAAACACAGCAUUGAAUCACAAACUACUACAGAAGUAAGGAAUAGACUACAAACACCAAAGCAUUGAAAACAAGAACUAUCUGUAAUCACAGCAAAGAGCUACAAAAAAUUACAGUGUCUAUAAUCACAGAAAAGAACAAAAAACUACAAACAUGUUAGCAUGGAAACAAGGACUGUUUAAUGAAGAAAUGUAAAAUGCACUGCACAGCUGGGAAAUAGUUUCCCAUUGAUUGUACAUGUUUGAUUAAUGAAGGGCUUGUCAUGACACCUAGUUACCCUAACAAGAGCUUGUUGGCCAUUUUGGAGCAAAAUUAACAUGGGCUGGUAUGGCAGUAUGCCAAUAGCAUUACACCAAUAUGGCUGCCAAUAAAGAGGUCGUGGAAAGACCCUGUAAAUGUCAGUAAACACUUAAAUUACAGGCUCACUUUAACACUGGGAUGUACAUACAAUGCUUGUUUUUGUUUGAAAGAAUUUAGCUUCAGCUUUAGAAAGGCUUUGAACCAGAUAUAUUUUAACACUGGAUAAUGAUAUUUGUUGAAUUUUCAUAUCUCAAUAUUGGACUUUAUCUACCAGCUUUGGAAGAAGGAACUUGACUUUUUUAGGGGUGGGAUUUGGUGGGUGAGGGUGGAGGGUUUUUUUUUGAGGGGAUGCAGAAGGAUUCUUCAUAUCAUGCCAAAACUAUGUAGGAUUUAAGCAUAGUACUGGCAUGUAAACAAAGUUUUUUUUACCUAUGUACACAUGAAUGUUGAAAUGAAGUUGAUUUAUGUUUGGCUCUAACUAGAAUUUUUUUAUAAAGUGGCCAUGUUGAAAUGUGAAUGUUUGAGUACUAAUUCAAGUUAGUUAUUUUUUUCUUCUUCUGCACAACAGUGCAUACAUAUUUUUGUGGCAAUGCUUUACUUAUAGUAGCACUGGCUGUGGUUUGGCAUACUUAACAGUAAAUGUUCUGUUACAAAAUGUCAACAAAGUGUUUAAAUACUUCAUUCUGAUUAAUUCCAAAUCAGUGAGGUGAGCAUUGAAUAGUUUCUGUAGUGCCUUUUUUUUUCUUUUAUUGUGUUCAGGGCAAAAUCUGUGGGUAGGGCUAGCGUAACAUAUGUAACCCCUACCACUACCCCCCA